AUGAGCUUGGAGGUCCCCAUCCCGGCACCAAAGGGUGUCCCAAUUCUCGGCAACCUUCUUGAAAUCGAGGCCGACGUCCCAUUGAACAGCUUCGAGCGACUCGUUGACACCUAUGGUCCUAUUUUCCGAUUCACUACCUUUGGCCAGACGCGCGUAUUCGUCAGCUCGCAUGAACUCGUCAACGAGGUCUGCGACGAGGAGCGAUUCACCAAAUUCGUCGUCGCUGGCUUGAAGGAGAUUCGCAAUGGCACAAACGAUGGCUUGUUUACGGCCAACUACCCCGGGGAGGAGAACUGGGCCAUUGCGCACCGUAUUCUGGUCCCCGCGUUCGGACCUUUGAUGAUUCGCGGCAUGUUCGAUGAUAUGUACGACAUUGCUGGCCAGCUCGUCAUGAAAUGGGCGCGACAAGGACCCAACGUCCCUAUCACCGUCACCGACGAUUUCACCCGCUUGACCCUCGACACUAUCGCCCUCUGUUCGAUGGGCACGCGCUUCAACUCAUUCUACCAUGACGAAAUGCAUCCUUUCGUUGAGGCAAUGGUUGGUCUCCUGUCUGGAUCUGGUACCCGGGCUCGGCGCCCGGGUUUCCUCAACAGUAUUCCGACCAGUGAAAACGCAAAGUACUGGAACGACAUCAGCUACCUCCGCAAGUUGUCGCAGGAGCUGAUUGAUGCUCGGAAGAACAACCCCAUCGACAAGAAAGACCUGCUUAAUGCGCUUAUCCUGGGUCGUGAUCUUCAGACGGGCCAGGGUAUGACUGAUGCGUCAAUUAUUGAUAAUAUGAUCACUUUCCUCAUUGCUGGCCACGAAACUACCUCUGGCAUGCUAUCUUUCAUGUUCUAUUUUCUCCUCAAAACCCCCAGUGCGUACCAAAAACUCCAGGAAGAGGUCGACCGUGUCAUUGGUCGACGCAAGAUCACCGUGGAGGACUUGUCGAAAUUGCCGUACCUUACGGCCGUCAUGCGUGAAACACUCCGUCUGAAGCCGACAGCCCCAAUGAUCGGAAUGCAUGCCCACCCGGAGAAGAACAAGGAAGACCCCGUGACACUGGGUGGUGGAAAGUACGCCCUGCACAAGAACGAGGCUAUUGUCCUGAUACUGGGCAAAAUGCAACGGGACCCUAAGGUGUACGGUGAAGAUGCAGACGAGUUCCGUCCGGAGCGGAUGCUCGACGAGAAAUUCGACAAGCUGCCCCAGAAUGCUUGGAAGCCUUUCGGUAACGGAAUGCGUGGCUGUAUCGGUCGUCCAUUCGCGUGGCAGGAGGUGCUUAUCCUUGUCUCAGUGCUGAUGCAGAACUUCAACUUCCAGAUGGAUGACCCCAGCUACGACCUCCGUCUCAAACAGACUCUUACCAUCAAACCCGAGGGCUUUUACAUGAGGGCUACUCUCCGUCACAACCUUGAUCCGACCAGCCUGAGUCUGCUUCUGGGUGGCACUCCAGAUAUUCACAAGGAUGCUAGCGCUACCAACAGCGAGAGGAAACCUAAGGUCGCUCCUGCCGGUACCAAGCUGAAGCCUAUGCACAUUUUCUACGGAAGCAACACCGGAACCUGCGAGGCAUUCGCGCGCCGGUUGGCUGAUGAUGCCAUUGAAUACGGGUACUCGGCUGAGCCCAGCUCCCUGGACUCGGCGAGGGAGAAUAUUCCCACCGAUGGUCCCGUUGUCUUCAUCACGGCUUCAUAUGAGGGCCAGCCGCCGGAUAAUGCAGCCCUCUUCUUUGAGUGGCUGAGUGAGCUCAAGAAUAGUAGCUUGGAGGGUGUCAAUUAUGCAGUCUUUGGCUGUGGACACCAUGACUGGGCUACAACCUUCCACCGCAUCCCCAAGGCAGUGAACGAACUUGUCGAGAAAAACGGCGCGACCAGACUUUGCGACUUGGGCCUGGCCGAUGCGGCCAACUCGGACAUGUUCACCGACUUUGAUAACUGGGGCGAGACUGCCUUCUGGCCCGCCAUCAGGGAGAAGUUCGGAGGGGUAGUACACAAAGAAGCCAAGUCCAAGUCCUCGCUGCAUGUCGACGUGAGCUCGGGCGUGCGCGCUUCUACUCUUGGCCUAAAGCUACAGGAAGGUUUCGUUGUCGAGAACAAGGUCCUGACAGCGCCAGGCGUGCCCACCAAACGACACGUCAAGUUCAAGCUGCCCUCCGACAUGACCUACCAGUGCGGCGACUACCUAGCCGUGCUGCCAAUCAACCCAAGCACCAUCGUGCGCCGAGCUAUCCGCCGCUUCGAUCUUCCCUGGGACGCAGUCUUGCGCAUCCAAAAACCGGAGAAAACCACCGGCUCACGCGCGUUCCCUCUCGACACACCCAUCUCCGCCUUCGAACUCCUCUCCACCUACGUCGAGCUCUCCCAACCGGCCUCCAAGCGUGAUAUGAACUUACUCGCCGACUUCGCCACCGAUGCCGAAACCCAAGCCGAACUUCGCUACCUGUCCUCCAGCCCAAGCCACUUCACCGACGAGAUCGUCCGCAAACGCAUAAGCCCCCUCGACCUUCUAACGCGCUACCCAUCCAUCAAACUCCCAAUCGGCGAUUUCCUCGCCAUGCUUCCCCCAAUGCGUGUGCGCCAAUACUCAAUUUCCUCAUCGCCCCUCUCCGACCCCUCGGAAUGCUCAAUUACAUUCUCCGUCCUCAAGGACCCAGCCCUCUCAGGUCCCCUCGAGGGCGAAGCCUCCGAAUACCUAGGCGUCGCCUCAAACUACCUCUCCGAACUCCAAGCCGGCGAGCGCGCUCAUAUCUCCGUCUGCCCUUCCCACUACGGCUUCAAGCCUCCGCCCGACCUUCAAACGCCCAUGAUCAUGGCCUGUGCGGGUAGCGGUCUCGCGCCGUUCCGUGGCUUUGUUAUGGAUCGUGCAGAGAAGAUCCGUGGUCGGUCAUCGUCUGCUGGAUUCCAUGAAGCUGAUGCACCCGCUAAGGCAGUGUUGUACGUGGGAUGUCGCACGAAGGGACAAGAUGAUAUCCACGCCGACGAACUAGCAGAGUGGGCCGCACAAGGCGCAGUCGAUGUCCGCUGGUCGUAUAGUCGGCCCGAACAUGGGAAGGGUCAACAUAUCCAAGACCGCAUGCUCGAAGAUCGGGAAGAGUUGACGGCGCUCUUCGAUCAGGGUGCUAGGAUUUACGUUUGCGGAAGUACUGGUGUUGGGAAUGGGGUCAGGGAUGCUUGUAAGAAGGUGUUCCUUGAGCGUAGGGCGGAGGUGAUUCGGAAGGCGAAGGAGGCGGGUGAGGUUCCUGAACUUAAGUAUACUGAGAUUGGGAUGGAUGAGGAGACUGCUGUUGAGAAGUUCUUUGAGGCGAUGAGGACAAAGGAGCGCUUCGCUACUGAUGUCUUUACUUAG